AUGCGGAGCCUGCGCGGAGCCCCGCCGGGGCUGCCGCCGCUCCUGCUGCUCCUCCUGCUGCUCCUCCUGCUGCUCCUGGCCGCGGGGCACGGCGCCGUCAUCACCGGGGCCUGUGACCGAGACCAGCAGUGUGGAGGAGGGAUGUGCUGUGCCGUCAGCCUCUGGAUCCGCAGCCUGAGGAUGUGCACCCCGAUGGGAAACCUGGGAGAUGAGUGCCAUCCCCUGAGUCACAGAGUGCCCUUCUCUGGGCGGAGGAUGCACCACACCUGCCCGUGCCUCCGGGGGCUGGCCUGCCUACGGACUCCUCACAGCAGGUUCAGGUGUUUACCAGAUUUCAGAAAAGAAGACGUCUUUUUUUAGCAGGAACUGUUCUGCACUAGAAAGAGCCGCUCG